UGCUAUCGGUGUAGCGCCUACUUGAACGGCCUGCUUUCCCUUUUUUAUUCUUUUGUGUGUCGGCCUUUUUUGUAUCUGUGCGUGUGCGCGCGAGUGUGAGUGUGUUGGGCAGGCCUCGUUCCCCUCGCUCCCUGCGUUCGCAUGCUCGGUCCAAAGAAGGCAGUCCAAUCAGCACCAACAUCCACUUUUCAAGAUGGCCGGCAUGGCGGUGAGGAUGGUUUAUAAGACCCAGUCGUGCGGUUCGUCAUUUCAAAGCGUUGUAGUGGCUGCUUCGCGACGAUCUGCAUCACUUCAACGUCUCACUGCACCUGCGUCGUCUGUAACGCCAGUCCGCUUUUGCAAAGCUCGAUUGCGUUCAUCGAGGUGACAUGACUGCUGUCACAUGCCUAGUGACUGUGGGUGCCAAUGGGGCUCGGAGGAAGAUGCGGCUUACAGAGGAGCCCAAUUUGCGUGCUCUCAAGGCAUCUGCCAGUGUUUGCAGUCUUCUGGCUGCAGAGAUCAACUUUGAUACCGACAGAUUUCAGAUUUUUGACAAAGACUUCAAUGAUUUUGUGGAUUUGUUGGACGAGGAUCCUAUCCCUGAUAUGGCUGUUGUGCGAGUUGUCAAGCCAGUACAUGAGGCAGAAGUAUGCAUUGAAGAGGAGCCGAGUUUAUAUGGUCCAGAGAAUUCAGCAAGCAGCCUUGAUAGAAGUUUCAACAUCGCUUCAAGCCAAGAGGACGAUGAUGGGAUGGCUUUUGCUCUCCCAGACCUUCAUUUCCUCAAUGGUGUAGUGAAGGAGAACAUACCAAUAACAUCAUACAUCACAACAAGGAUUGUUGACUCCUUAUUUCAAGAAAUGAUUGCACACACAAUGUAUCCGUCGCACAAGUUUUACCAGGGCGCUGCAUCCAUGUUAGUGUGCCGCUACCCAGAGCUUGCUGACCCGUGUGGCAGUGGACAUGCUUCUUGGGUUGUGAUGCUGCGGCAAAAGUUCAAAAAUGAACGACGGAAGCUGGCCACGGAUAGAGUGGUAAUUAACCGACAGAAGUAUGGCACUGCAGCAAAGCGGCCAAGAACAUCCAAUGGUGCUGCUCCCGAAGUAUUGCAGCGUGGAAAAGUGGGACCCGUUUUGUCACAACGUUUGGUGCCCAGUGGUGAAGACAGCUGCAGUCUUGCGCACCAUGAAGCCUGGCUGGUUGCCGAAUGUAAAAAGGCAAACCCUGACAGGCCGCAAAUGCUCUCCAGGCUGCAACUGACACACUCUGCGAGGGUUAAGGAACUGUGCCGGAUGUCACCUGUGGUAGCCAUGGAGAAGUAUCCGUACCUGGCGGACAUAGAAUGGGUGCGUGCUUUCAUUACAUAUCUCAUGUGUCAUGAACUAUCAGUGAAAAGCUUUUGGAGGUUUCGGCAAGUAACGUGGCAGCUUAGCUGUACUUCUAAAUAAAUAUUAUUCUCAGGCGCAAGAAAGUUCCUCUGAUCUUGCUAUUUGCAUGCAUAAAGUGCAGUCGGGUAUGUGUGCUUCUCCUAGAGCACAAGCACAUCAGCCGCUACACCGCAAAAAAAUAAAUGCAUAUAAAUGAGACAUUUGAGGACCAUGCUAUUGCCAUGCACACAUUGUUCUGCUUGCCAAAUGUUGCGUUAUUGUGAUGAUGAAGCAGAGAGUACCAAACUCGCGAAUUUUAAUGGGCAGACGCAGAAAAAACAAUGCAUGCAUAAUACUGUUAGCGAUACAAUAAAACUGAAAGGUGGGCUAGUUGGUUUGACUUCAUUGUGGAAAGUUUUGUGCACACUGAACGAAGUCGACAAGAAAAGGACCCAGACCAGCGCAGACUGACAACUGAAGUUUUAUUCCUAAAUACAGCCCGUAUAUACCCGCGGGACUAGUCACAAUGAUCAGCACGCAUGGGUAACAGAGCAUCCGUUCCACAUAAUAACAACACUCAUAACAUCAU